AUGCUCAAUGCCGGCCCUGAGCCGCCCCGCCUCUGCCACCAGGAGCAGCAACAGCAACAUCAACAGCAUCAACAGCAACACCAACAGCAACAGCAACCACCACAGCACCCCAGCGUGCCCUCUCGCACCAGUAGCACCACCUAUGACCUCGUCCGAUCUUAA